AUGCCGCAUAUUAAGCAAAUAGUAGCCAUCAGGAGGAAGCCUGGUCUCACCCGACAGGAGUUCUUCGACUACCACUUCCAGGUCCACGGCAGACUCAGUCAAGGACCCUCUCCAGAUGUCACCCCAUCCAAGUAUUUCCAGACGCAUAUUCAAGAUGCGGUAUACAAUCAUCAAGAAGGCCGAGGCGUCAACGCCAAUCCUUGGUGGGGCUUUUCUGACGACAUCGUUGAGCUUUACUUCCAGUCUGAAGACCAUAUGAAGACGUGUUUCAGCUCGCAAUAUGCCAGAGAACAUGUUGGUCCAGAUGGUGUCAAUUUCUCCGAUUUUGCGUCGGCAUUACCUGUGACUGUCCAGGAAAGAGUUAUUCCGCUACACGAGUCUGAGAACGCGCCAUCUGAAGACAUCGAUACUUUAUCGGUCUCACCUGUUGCGAUGUACUACUUGACUGUGACCGGCGACAAUACCGAGGAUAUAAUUACGGGUUUCGCCAAUAGCCUGCAGAAGUUCGUAGGAAGCCAGGUCCGCACCCUUGUUGCGAAUAUUCCAGUGGAGCUUGGUCUCAACCCUGAUGCGUAUUUCGGGAGCAAUCCAGACCGUCCGGAAUUCAAUUUAAUCUUCUCAGUUCAGCUACACAGCAAUGAAGGCUUUGCGGAGGUGAGGAAAGCCCAGAAAGAGUUUGAGGCAGCGUAUGGAGCCAAGAUCAAUCUCCCAAAUUCCUGGAUUGCCUUUGGUCAACGCGGCCUAGUUCUCGAUCAGGAUAAAAACAUCCAGUUUGAUCUAUCCCGUCAACCAAAACUCCCCGCUCGUAUCCAUGUAAAUAUCCUGUCCAGCUCCCCCUCCUCUCAUGAACGACCACUGGGCACUAUGGAAAGAUCAGCUCAACUUCACGUCAUUGUCGUUGGCGGUGGAAUUGUUGGUGCCUCAAUCGCCUGGCACCUGGCUCGUCUCACUAGCGUGACCAUCGUCGCAGAAGACAUCGGUGGACCCGCCUCUAAAGCCUCUUUCGCAUGGCUCAAUGCGAGCUCCGUCAGCCAAAAGUUCUACUAUGACUUUCGUCGCCGAUCCCUACAGAGAUGGAGACAAAUCCAUGCGGAACUUCCAGACCUUCCAAUCUCGUGGAGCGGAUCCAUCAAUUGGCACAAAACUACCGAGGUCAUGGCUGAGACCGAGAGUAACCUGACUGCAUGGGGCUACAAGGUUGCCAACAUCAAGAAGCCUGAGGUUUCUGAGUGUGAGCCAUUCUUUGGACAGUCUACCUUGCCAGAUUGGGCCCUCUACUACCCUAGAGAGGGUUCUAUGGAAGCCCAUGUUGUCCCACAGAUGCUCGUGGAGAGUGCAGGAACCCGAGGCAAUGUGAAGGUAAUCAGAGCGACAGCAAAGGGGCUUUUCAAAGACGAUGGCAAAGUCGCAGGAGUCGAGCUGGCAUCUGGCGAGAAAGUUCUUGGCGAUCAUAUUGUCGUGGCUGCUGGCUUGGGCACUGUACCCUUCCUAGCAACUGAAGGAAUCAACGUCCCGAUCACUUCGGUACCAGCACUGAUUGUGAACUCGAAACCCAUCAAAGAAAGAUUGGUCAGUCGUGUAGUCAACUCGAAAUAUUUGUACAUUAGACAAACAUCAGAUGGAAUCAUCAAGGCGGGCUGUGAGAAUCCUGGCGAUGACCCAGGCGAUGAUCCGGAAGCAACCGCACACCAAGUCUUCUCCAACGUCCAAUCCACACUGGUUGGGGGAGAGAACCUUGAGUUUGGAUAUUACACAGUCGGUCACAAACCGACUCCUAGAGACGGUCUGCCAAUCAUUGGGCCAACUGGCCUCGAAGGCGUCAGUGUCGCGGUCAUGCACUCUGGUGUCACAAACGCUGCCAUUGUCGGAGAACUGCUCAGCAAACAGAUCGUCACGGGAGAGAUGGAUCCAGAACUUGAUAACUUCCGUCUCGAUAGAUUCAACAACUAG